AUGGAUUUCGAAUCAAAGAAUAGUUUCGUAGGAAGCUUUCUUCAGCCACCAGAUAGGAUGCUUCCUGCAGGCUUUGCUUGUAUAGAAUCAAAAAAGUUGGCAGCUGUUGGUGGUGACAAGCCUUCUAUCUCCAAUAACCAAGCUGUAGCGGCAGCCAUGAAAACUCUUCAGGAAAAGAUCCACUGCCUAGAGUUGGAGAAGUCAAAGGCUGAAGAUAAUCUAUGCAGCCUUUCCAUAGCAGCUGCUCAGUAUAAGAAGGCAGUAGAGCAUGAAUCUUCCAAAAAGGACACAGCACAUGAAGAACUGAUGCAACAGAGGAAAGAUAUAAACGUGCAGUUAAAUGCAGCACAAUCCCGCUGCUCCCUGCUGGAGAAACAGCUGGAUUACAUGAGGAAAAUGGUCUCCAGUGCAGAACUAGAAAAUAAAAUGGUUUUAGAACAACAGAAAGAGGAAGAUCAGAACUGGUUGAAACUGCAUGCAAAACUUGAAAAGCUUGAAAUGUUAGAAAAAGAGUGCCUCAAACUUACUGCUACUCAGAGAAUUGCAGAAGACAAGAUCAAACACUUAGAAGAAAAGCUUUGUGAAGAAGAGCAUCAGCGUAAGCUAAUACAAGACAAAACUGCUCAGCUUCAAACAGGAUUUGAGAUAAACAGAAUUUUGUUGUCUUCAGUGACAUCUCAAAAUGAACCUAAAAAGGAAAACGUGAAGAAGAAAAAAACUGAGAAGAGAAAUCCUACAGUGAAGAAAACGCACCUUUCACAAUUACAUGUAAAGGCUGGUGAACUACCUUUUGUGGCUGGGAAGUCUGUCAGCUCCAGCCAUUCUGUUAGUGCAAACGUUCAAAGUGUGUUGCACGUUAUGAAGCAGCGCAAUCCAUGUAUCUCAUCACAAAGCCAAGGAGGAGCUACACGUGGGAUUUCAGGACACACUGCACUUUCAAAAUCUGUAUCCUCUUGUUCCACAUCACCUACUGCCACCAGGAGCCUUUCUGACCUUCUGCUGGCCAUACAAGAUGAACUGGGCCAGAUGAGCUUUGAGCAUCAAGAACUUCUGAAGCAGAUGCAGGAGACUCAAGACUCCGAAGUUCACAAACACCUAGAACAGGAGCUGGAUUGCCUUGUAAAACAAAUGGAGAUUAAAGGAGAACAAAUAUCCAAGCUGAAAAAGCAUGAGGCUACUGUGCAGAAAUUAAAGAGAAAAACUCAGAAACUGAAGCAAGGGGCAGCUCAGGUCAAACUGAAGUGUGGUGACCAAAAGGAAGCAAAAGAGAUUGCAGUCACUGUAAGGGAAAGUAUAUGCAAAUCUUGUCCUGGGCAGAAAAGCAGAAGCUCUCUUCAGCUGCUAAAAAAUGUGCGGAAACUUCAAUCAACACUGAAGAAAGAUGAUACAAUGUAG